CUUCGUCUGUAGCCGGCGUACCGGUAAAGGGAGCUGACAGCAGCCGUACAGCACCACCCCGCUUACUACGGCUGAAGAAGCGUAAAGAAAGCAGGUGGCGGCACAUUGUCAGACACUCAGUUCACCUCCACCCGCGGACAGCAGCGCUCCUCUCUCCGUAAAUGCAGGCCAUCAAAUGCGUAGUCGUUGGCGAUGGUGCGGUGGGUAAAACAUGUCUGCUCAUCAGCUACACCACAAAUGCCUUCCCUGGAGAGUACAUCCCCACUGUCUUCGACAACUACUCAGCAAAUGUGAUGGUAGACGGGAAACCAGUCAACCUGGGCCUCUGGGAUACAGCAGGGCAGGAAGACUACGACAGGCUACGCCCCCUGUCCUACCCCCAGACGGAUGUGUUCCUGAUAUGCUUCUCUCUGGUGAGCCCUGCCUCCUUCGAGAACGUCCGAGCUAAGUGGUAUCCAGAGGUUCGUCACCACUGCCCAAACACACCCAUCAUCCUGGUGGGCACCAAGGUGGACCUGCGGGAUGACAAGGAUACCAUUGAACGUCUGAGAGACAAAAAGCUCUCUCCCAUUACCUACCCACAGGGCCUGGCCAUGGCCAGGGAGAUUGGUGCAGUCAAGUACCUGGAGUGCUCUGCUCUGACACAGCGAGGGCUGAAGACGGUCUUUGAUGAGGCCAUCCGAGCUGUGCUCUGCCCUCCGCCUGUCAAAAAGAGAGACAAGAAGUGCACAGUGUUCUGAGGAGGAGGAGAUGGAAGAUGACAUCCCCAGGAUGUUUGCUUUGGUCAGUCACACAAGCCGCGCAGGAACUGCUUUCAAACACAACUUCAAUCUACUGUCUGUACAGGAGUACAUUAACUGGUCAACAGCAGGCUCAGGAUAUCAGCUGAUGAGUUAAAGAUGGCAUAUUAAGCCUGCAUUUUGGGUACGAUGAUAAAUUCUGUGUGAUAUAUGCCUUAAAACAAUGAUAGAAACUGAUAAUGGCCUGUCUCUUAGAUAUUAGAACAAGGAUGAGAAAAGGACUUCAUUCAUUUUUGGGUGGAUAUGCAAAAAAUAUUUUGUACUCUUUUGUUAAGUCUGACAACCUGUAAUUAAAACACAAAUGCUGUACAAAACAAUCAAGCAGACAAAAUGUAUAUUCCCCUUUUGCACACCAUAUAUUGAAUUUCUUUAUGCAAGCUCAUUUUGCUGGGCUUUGUGGAGAUAAUUUUGCAAUGAUGUUAUAUUUGUUUUGUUUUGUUUUAAAUUAAGUUAUAACUUGAAAAUGGCUGUGAUUAGCACCCUGUAAGUUAAGGGGGUUCAGAACUAGAGAACAGGCAGAUCUGGAUUGUGAGAUAAUUUUAUAGCCUUGCCUUCCACCCCCAGUAUAUUAACUGUCAAAUUUGGGCUACAGGCACACUUCCUUUGUGCCAUAAAUCAAGCCUUAAUUUUUCCCUGAGAAUUCACAUCAGGUGGCUGACAGAAUUGUAUAACAAAAGCAAAUUGCAAAUAGGAAACCAAUCUUAAGAUGUAAUUUUUCUAUAGCCAUUACAUUGCACAAUCAACAUUUACUUCAUAAUGCUAAGUUAAAACAAAACUUUAAGCUCUCCCUCCAGGAGAAAACAACCUGGCCAGUGGCCACCAGGUAAUAUGAGUUUGACUGGCAUCUUGUAGAAUAAGGCGUUCUGAAUGUUCCAUGUUGAGCCCAGCACCCUGCUGUAAUCAUGCCAGAGCCAUUCAUGUGUGCACGGCCAAACUGGACCUAUAUGUGGCUUUAAAUAUUAUUGUGUUUCAAAGACAGGUUUACGGAUGAUUACAUGUGAGAACUGGAUUUCUGUCUAGUCAGUACGAUGAUCUGUUUCAAUUCAAUUCAAUUGUAUUUAUAUAGCGCCAUAUCACAACAAAAGUCAUCUCAAGGCACUUUUCAUAUAGAGCAGGUCUAGACCGUACUCUUUAAAAUAGGUAUUUACAGAGAGAGACCCAACAAAUCUGGUCUGCUUUCAAAACAGCCUGACAGGAACCCCAAAUAAUUGAGGACAAUUGAACAAAUAGCUUUUAAUUUUGUUCAAAUAAUAAUUCAACGAAAUGAUAGUUUUAUUUUUUUUUUUGAAUGGUUGUAGUCAAGUUAGCUAAAGUUACUCAAAAAGGAAGAAAUAGUACAUUUGUUUGGGACUAUUUUCAGUGGCAGAUGAAUCCAUGUUUGAUCACUAGUGAAUUUUUCCAGCAGCACAGUGUGUGUGGGACUGAGCCAAAAUAAACUACAGUAUGUGUGUCCAUGGUAAUGGAGGAGAGGGACUCAAUGAUGAGUUCUAAUAGUUUUUGAAUAAGAACAGAGCUCUAUGGCACAGAGGAAUAAGACAUAUCAUAUUCAUUUGGGUUUUUUAUGGGAAGUAUUGAUGUGUAGAAUAUUAUCAGCUGCAUUCCUAAAAAAAAAUGUUUAGCUUUUUUGUCUUUGUUAAUGAAGCUGUGAAAGUCAUGGAAACAGACACAGAUAUUAUCCAAAUGUCCCUGCACCGAUGUAUCAGCAUGGGAAGCAUCAUCUCUCAACAUAUGCGUAUAAGUGUGUGGCCAGAAAUCACCAUCAGUGCAUGUCGAAUUACUUUCAUGAGAGCUAACAUCAUUCACCAGACACCUGCUCCUCAUGUGCUUCACACUUUGCAUGGAGCUUUCCAUCACUCAGCUUAUGAUAGUUAUUAACAUGAAGCAGUGGAGUAAAUAACAAUGUUCUUUAGUGUUAGUUGCUAUGGAGAUUUAACAUGUUGACUUAUCCUGCUGGUCAGAAUCUGUCCAUUAUGAAAGAUAGAUUACCAGGAUUGCCUCUGUAUCUUCAAGGAUAACACAUUUUUACAGAACACCUGCAGAAAACUUUCCACUUCUCUAGUGAAGAAUGUUAAUAAAGUGCCAUCAUUGAAGUGAUCUUUGUGGAACCGUCAUGUGAAAUGUAAAAACAGGACAUGACAAGACCCAAUUUAUAGGUUCCCUAGGGCAUCCAUAUGCAGUUAUAAAGUCAAUUAUUGUGUGGUUUCUUAGUGAUUCCUUGUGUGUAAUUUCUGUAGAUAUGUUUGAGUGAAUGAUACAGAUACAGUGAAAGUGUGCAGGAUUCUUUAGUUUAUUGUUAAAUUAUUUUUCAUUUGCUAUUGUGUUUUGUGUGUGUACUUAAUUUAGAAAAGAAAUGAAGAAAAACGCUGUAUCCAGUAACACAUAGAGGGACUGUUUGUUUUGAGUACCUACUUACUGUUGCCAAAAUUGUACAUAAAAAUGCAUUAAAUAUGUUCUGAAUGUA